AUGCACUUACCACAUUCCUCAACACUUCUUCUGCUUCUCGCGGCCGCGACAGCCCGCGCCGCCGACAGUUCAACUCCUUCAACAACGACGAGCGCCCCGGCAUGUACAGCAGCAUCCAAGAGCGGCACUGGAGCCUUCUACGACCUACGACCUGACAUCGCCGUCAAGACCGAGGAGGGCAAGUCGUCGAAGGGAAGCAUCACCGCGGAUUACCAUGCUAGAGGCUGGGACUAUGGCCGCAACUUCACCCUCAACAUCUGCGCCCCUGUCAUCGAAGCGCUCGAUGAUGUGGAGGGAUUGACAAAGAGUGAAGCCAAGAACGUCAGCGCGUACUACACAUACAAGGGGGAGACUUACUCGAUAGGUUCAUCGUCUAUGGACAUUCAGACUCGAGGGCGCAUACUGGUGCUCCAGUACAAGAACGGCUCGCCUUGCGACAAGAGCAAAUCCAAGCGAUCCCAGGCCCAUGCCGGCGCAUCUUACAACAAGUACGCCGACGAUGAUGAUGACGAAGCGACAGCACUCAGCUCUUUCGGCAACAGUCAGAAGAAGGCGUCCGCGGACAAGAGCGACUCGGAUUCGAACCCCCGUCGCAAAUCCACUACAAUCUCCUUCCACUGUGAUACCGAGCAAGUCGGUGGAGCUGCUCACAUCUCUUUUGUCGGCACCGACCCCGAUGAUUGCGCAUACUUCUUCGAGGCCCGUUCCCAACACGCUUGCCCGCGGGCUGAGCCCCACCAACCGGGCAGCGUCGGUCCUGGCAGCGUGUUUGCCAUUAUCUUCGUAAUUGCAGUCCUGGUCUACUUUGGUGGUGGUGUCUUUUACCAAAGAACUGUCGCGCACGCUCGAGGUUGGCGCCAGCUUCCCAACUACAGUCUCUGGGCUGGGAUCUGGAGCUUUGUUAGUGUAGGUGGUCUGCCAGUAACCACGUCUUGA